AACUGUUUAUGUAAGUGGAUUUAUCUGACUAUACAGUGAAAUGAUCUGACCACAUAUUUUUCCUUGCCUUCAAUUUCCAGGAGAGCUCCUCAAUCUAAGAUAGCCACAAGCCAAGUACAGAAAACCAAAGAGGAGAAUGAGCUUCAGGUUAUUGCACAGAAACAAAAAGAAACCAUGGAGAAACUACAACAGAACAAAAUUUCCAUGAAAAAAGCCCUAGCUGGGCAAUCAUACAUGCCUUGUAGGUCAGCUGUUGACAACCUAACUCGCCCACAAGAAUUCCAUUUUGCAACAGAUGACAGGCUUGGCCCCAGUGCGCAUAACGCUCAUGCAAGUGCCGCAGAAAAUGGAAAGAACUUUGUUGGUACACUAAGGCAACAUCCUCCUUCACCAACUUUCAAGAAUAGAAAACCCACUGUACCAGUGCCAUUUAAGAUGACAGAAUCCAAAAAACGAAAAGAACCUGACAACGAUGACAACCUCUGUGGGCAAUACCAAUCCAUGGCGCAGAAAGUCUACCAGUGGCAGAAGAAGACUCCUGAGCGCUUCCGCAUCAAACCUGUGCAGGAACAGAACCCAGGCCCUCCUGCCAGUAAGGAGCAGACUUCUCAGAAGCUAACAGCUCCAAAGACACCAAACUUGAAGGCAAAACAGAGAACAAGACCUCUUCCUUCUGAUUGCAUGAGUAAAGAAGAACAGGAGAGGCAACAAGAAGCAGAGAUGAAGAGUUACAAGUUCAAGGCAACUGAACUGAAUCGCAAAAUAUUUGAGUGCAAUGGAACAUUGGGAGUGUAUAUGGAACCUAAGAAGCCACUCACUGAAGUAGAACCCUUUAAUUUUAAUACUGAACAACGAGCUGAGGUGCAUAAGACCAAAGAACCAGCACUCAAUGAGGGGGAAAAUCAUCCUCGACAAAUCAAGGCUCAACCUCUUCCUGACUUUAGCAAUGUGUUUAAACCUGAACUGCCACACAACAGCACCCAUUCACAGCCAUUCUCAUUUGAACACCGUGACAAGGAACUGAAACAAAAGAAAGAAGAGAAAAUUAAAACUGUCUUAGAGGAAGAAAAGAAGGCACACGAGUUCCAUGCUCAGCCGCUGCCCAGUUUCACUCCACCUGCUCUUCCUUCAUCGUCAAAACGCCUCACAGAGCCAGCACCUUUUAAUUUGUCGACAGACAACCGUGGAGCUGUGAAGGCAGAAAAAUGGGGACAGCAGCUUCAGCAGGAGAUUCAGCAGGAAAGAAUGAAAAGGGCAUUCAAAGCCAGACCCACCAAUGUCUUGUAUAACGCGCCAUUCGUCCCUGACAAGUCCAUAGCAAAACCCAGCACGAAAAUCGAAGAAUUCUCCAUGAAUUGCGACAAGCGCGCCAAGGAGAGAGAAGUGUACGAGAUGCACAAGACUGAGAGAGAGCUUGAAGAAGAGGAGGCAAGAAGGCAGUUGGAAAAAGAGCGGGAAGAAGAGGAAAAGAUUUAUAUUAAGAACCUUAGGAAACAACUUGUACACAAACCAAAUCCCAUACGCAAAUAUCGCACGUUGGAAAUUAAACAGAGCGAAAAAGAACUUACAGAUCCACGUUCACCAGAAUGGCAGUCGAAGAAAAGAAGAAAAUUACGAGUGUGAAUACUGUUUAUCUAUUUAAUUAGGGUGAACGUCAAGUUUUUCUUUAUUGUACUUGCAAUCGUGCUUUGAGAAGGAAGUGGUACUAAAAACCGUGGUGCCAUUUGAAAAGUUACCAUCCCUGAGUACACUGCUAUUUCUUCAACGGUUUUUGCUAAAGUACCUUGUAAAAUAUUGCUUCUUUUUGUAAAAAGAAACUAAAAACGUGUUAGUUUUUACUGCUAUGUGUAAUGUUACUUAGUUAGGGAGGUAAAAAAUUCAUUUGUUCCGUUAACUUUUGAUACUAGGCAGACGGAUAUUUUAAUUCUUAAUCCUUCAUACAUACCUUGUUAUUCAAUUUACCUGUACUUGUAAAUUUGAGUUUUGGAGAGUAAAUUCUGCAGUUUGCUCAA